AUGGAGGAGAAUCGUCAUCAGCAGCAGCGGAGGGAGGGAGAGCAGGAGCAGAGGGAUCGAAGACCGGAUGGCCUGGGGGAGCUCCGGGUCCUGCCCGACGAACUCAUCUGCGCAAUCCUCGAUCGCCUAGCUCCUCGCGAUCUCGGUCGCCUUGCCUGUGUCAGCAGGUUCGCCCCCCUGACUCUUUCUCUCCCCUCCAUUGUUGUCGCUAAGACGUUCGACAACCUGCAACCACCCUCGUUUUUGUGCUCGCAGUAGCUCUUUUAUCUGCGUGAUGAUUUUUCUGGUAUUUUUUCCUUAGUGAUAAUUCAUGGAAAAUGCUGCCGCGUCUUAUAUCAUUUUGAGACUUCACUCAGAAUUUGUUCCUUACGUGAGGUUACAAAAAUGGAAUUAGAUGUGAACUUUGGAGAUUUUCCGGAUCUCAAAGACUAGCGUUUGAAGAGAAAUUCCUUGAAGAAAAACGUAAGGACUCGCCAAAUUUUCAUUAUAAAUUGAUGGAAAAUUAUGUGUACAAUUGUGGGUUUGAUCAUGCAUUGAGUACAGUGGGACGAUCAUGAAAACAACGGAGAAUCACUAAGAGGAGGAGGAGACCUAAAUCUUAUCCGGGCUAGAAAAAUAUUCCUGGAAAAUGACGAAGGUGAAUGAUAUAGACGAUGUCGCAGUGAGGGAAAACUAAUCUCUACCGUUGCAGGAAUGAAAGGAGAAGGAUCUAUAGUUUAAGCCCAUUCAACGAAUCUCUGCAAUUCUAGUACUUUAGUUUGAGAAGAUGGAAUAAUAUUACUUUUGUGAUGAGCUCUAGGUGUACGAGUCCCCAGUAAGGUGCUUGCAUUGGUCGCCUUAGACCACCUUGGUUGCCUCUUUAGCACUGUGGUUGCCAAGGUGUACUUCUCCCAAUAAGUGUAUACAUCGUCGAUUUGCUGCUUCAUUAUUUUCAGCCCGUGAAGGUUAUUUUAGGUAACUAACUUGUUGUGGGGCAUUGUUGAGAAGCAUUAAGUGACCUCAGAGCCUUUGCCACUUGAGCGGUGUCUACCUUUGCUACCUGAGUAAAACGACAUAUCAAAAUAAGGAGGAAUUGCCCCCUUUUGGCUGUUCCACUGAGAAUUCAGCUUUUAAUGGUGAAGAAAAAGAUGCCUAAACCCACCAAAGUAACGGCUUAUUUACAGAUCAUUUUAUAAAGAUAUAUUAGAGUACUAGCAUAGGAUUCAUCCGUAUGAUUCAUCUUCUUUCGAAGUAGAAAGAAAUGUUUCGCUGGGUUGUUCACAUUUAUGGGUUCAAUCAGCUCAAUAAGCAACUCUGAACCUAAACAUUUAUUGGCUAUGUUUAUGGUACGGUAUAUUAUCAGGCUACUUGAAAACAUAAACAGUGGUUGUAGUUUUCGUUGUGUUUUAGUUCGAUUAAUUACAUGUUCCUGAAUAGGAUGUUCGAAAAAACACCACCUGCUCUGGUGGAUGUUGACUCUCUCUUUGGCUUGUUUAGAUCAAAGCAGUGGGCCAUUGACUUAAUUAAGUGACAAGGUGUGGAAUAAAGUCAAGUUCUGAUAAAAGUUAAUCCCUGGAAGUAUCUGAUUGUGUAUCAUGUUAAACAUAUCUCAAUGUAGUUCUAUUGAAUGAUACCCAUAAAGAAUUCACAAACAUAUAAAUUGAAAUUCAAAACUUCCUACUCGUGAAGCAUUAUCAAGCAACAUCUCAUUAUAAUCCCUUUGUUUCUUAGAAGUAAUUUUGUACCUUAUAUAAAUUUUAAGGUAUACCACUCACUUCAUAGGUUCCGUCACAACAAUAUUUUCCUUCAGUAUAUUUCCAUCAAUAUCCUUUGUUUAGUGCUUUUCAUACUUUGCAUACUAGUGUUUAGAUUUAUCAGUUACUGUUCCCAACAUGAUGGUUCAUGCAAGCAGCAGGCUAAUUUGAUGAUGUAGGAGCAAUUUGACCAAGUGGACCCCAUAAUGGCCCUGAGGUGUCCUAUCGAGUGGAUGGGACGGAUCACACAUUUUUUAUGUUACGUUAUGUUUGGUAAUUGUUUAGUGGACUCAGAUUAGUGGUGUGAUUUGCAUGUUUUCUCUUAUGAUUAUUGGAGGGUUGUGAUCUAAUUUUCUUGGGAGCACAGGGUGAUCUUUUUUGCAGAUUGGCAUUUGAAAAAAGGCUGCUACAGAAUUUUAAUGACCAUUUGAAUGAGUUUCAAGAUUCAGUCCUCUCCUUGACAAUAACCCAAAAGACUCAUUUAUAUCCGUUCUUACAUUGGUUGACCUAGAAUUAUUCUUUGGUUCUGUCUUAUUUGCUGUUAUAGAUCUACGUGCUUUUUUUUUGCCACACCAGAUGACUAGGGUAAUCCUCUUUUGGCUCUGGUUUUAGGGUGAUGUAACAACUUUCCAUUCUUUGAAAUCACGGUCUUCCAGUUUUGACGCUUUACUAUUUAGUUACUGUUCUUGCUUUCUCGAAAUUUAUUUAACUAACUGUAAUCUAUCUCAUUUUUUUCAUCAUUCUGAAUCCAUUUACUUAUGUAGUGUUAUGUACACAUUAUGCAAUGAGGAGCCCCUUUGGAUGAGUCUGUGCCUCAGAAUCCCUGGCCCACUGGAGUACAAAAGCUCUUGGAAGAAAACCAUGUUAUAUCGGUGUGUGUCAAUGGCCUUUUUUUUAUAUAUUUUCUUUACGUUUCCUUAAAUUUCAUCACAUUUUUCAUCUUUUUUACAUAUUUCUUUAGCCUUUCCUCAGUUGUGUCCUAACAAAGUCAGGAUUGCCAUUUUUCCAGACAAAAUUUAGUCACUGAAGUUUCAGAGUCUUGUGAAAAAACUUUUAAGUUUGACGGUAUGCCCUUUCUUCAAGAUUCUUUGCAGUAGGUUUUUUGGAUUUGAGAGAUCUCACCAAGGUUAUAAUGCCGUAUCAUUGUUUUUCUCUUUAUCCUUUGGUGGUACAGGAUUCAACUCUUUAUUUCUUUACCGGAGAUGGUACCGGUGCUUUACAACAUUAGAUGCAUUUUAUAAAGACGAUGGCUAUCUUGAGAGAAAGAACAUAUCCUUUGACGAGUUUUGUGCUGAUUACAGUGGCAAAAAACCAGUAUGAUCUAUAACCUCUUUUAUUGGUGGACAAAAAAUAUUUUUCUGUCUCUAAACAGAAGACCAAAACAAUUUUCUUAUUAUGCUCAUUUAUAGAGUUAUAUUAAUGAUGGGAUAUUCUAUAUUCAUAUUAAACUUCACAUGCGUUCUGAGGGAGCGCUUUGGUAUUUUUCUGUGACAUUUCUUUUGUAAAAUUAAAGGUGCCUUCAUUUAUGUUACAUUUUUAUUAUACAAUCUAAGAAGCACUUGCAUCUAUUUCAUUUUAUUUGAAUCUUAUUCAUACCCUCUGUUACAUGGAACUUAUCCUCUCCGUUUCAUUCAAAUAUAAUGUAAAGUUUUUUCCUUAUCUCAGGUUUUACUGACUGAUCUCGCCAACACUUGGCCAGCAAGGAAAACGUGGACAGUUGAUCAAUUCGUAGAGAAGUACGGAGAAACAGCAUUCAGGAUUUCUCAGCGAAGUUCAAAGAAAAUAACUAUGAAAUUUAAGGAUUAUGUUUCCUACAUGUCAUGUCAGCAUGAUGAAGAUCCCCUUUACAUUUUUGAUGAUAAGGUGUGCUCCUUAGUGUCCGUUCACUUGCCUUACAUAGGAUGCUUGAACCUUUUUACUAAUAUGACUGCUUUUUUUAUAGUUUGGAGAAUCUGCACCAAGUUUGUUGGAGGACUACAGUGUUCCUACUCUCUUUAAAGAAGACUUUUUUGAUGUCUUAGAUGAAGAACAACGACCGCCUUUUAGAUGGUUAAUUAUUGGACCUGAAAGGUCUGGUGCAUCUUGGCAUGUAGAUCCAGCUCUUACCAGUGCCUGGAACACACUUCUAGUUGGACGUAAAAGGUAAGAUUAUUAUUUGGUUUCCUGUCCAUGCUUUCUUGACUUCACAUGUGAAUGUGUACUGUAUUUGAUUGAAUGGUAUGCUUUACUAGUCUUCUCCUGCCUUCCCACUCCUGAACAAGAUUUAUCACCAGUUGGACUGGACAUUCAUCUUUUUUAUGCAUUAUAGGGCACUUAUGAUGCCAUCUCCACAUAGAUUUCGAUCCAAUGGCUUCAUUAUGCAUCUUUGUAGAACUUGUUUAGAGAUAUUACUCUGGUCAAGUCUGUGGGAAGUUAAUAUUGAACCUGCAUUAAAAGUCUUGGCUUUAGCUUUGGGUUCAAUCGUGUGAGAUAGUUAUGGGGCAUGACCAUGGUCUUAAUUAUGUCAUGCAAUCUUUAUUCCCUAGUCCUUAAACACAUACCAAAUGGUAUUGCUGGGAUUUCUUUUUCCAUAUUCAGGAACAUUUUUUCUCAAAUUUCGUGUAAGAUUUCGAUCAUAGUCGUGAAGUGACAUUUGUGAAUCUCUUACUUGAGAAACCAUGGUAUAUAUUAUGUUUUAUCGUGAAACUGAAGUCCUUUGCGAAUACCUCGAUCUUGGAUUUGAUUUUCUGGCAGAUUGGCCUGUCUGUCUGACUCUCGUGAUAUGGUCCCUUAACUCUAAAUUGUUGUUAACCUUGGGGGAGGGUGAACGCUGAAUAUGAUCGCAAGGUGAGGGCAAUGAAACUUGGUUUGAGUUGUAUAGGGUGACUUUGUCUUUGGAGGAAAGAUGCUCUAUUGAAGAAUGUCAAGUUGAUAAUUUUAGUUGGAUUACGGAGGUACUAUAUGUGAUUUUAGAGCUGCUUGUUGAAAUUGCUUAAUUUCAAAUGAUAUGACGGUUAAAAGUUUAUUGUUUCAAGUAAGAUAAGAUUUUUUUCCAAAAAACGGGGUGUUCCUCACCUCUUGUGCUUACAUGUAAAAUUAUAUCAUGGUUAUGGUUUAGAUCUUCAAUGUUUUGGAUGGCAAAGUUCAACAUAUCAUCAGGAAAUGACAGUAACAAGAGAAAUGCGUGUGCUUGUGGAGGAUAAGUGAGUGGGAAGAAACCUCAAUGACCUGCUUGUGUCAUAAUUGAGCUGAAAAUAGCUUGAGUGUGACCACUUUGUCUUCCUGUCAAGCGAAUGGCUGGAUCCUGACUGUGCCAUGAAUGAAUGAAGUAAUCGAGAUGACUAGAACAAAAAUUACCUGGAAUGCAAUUUUUUUAUUUUCAACGAGAACUUGAAAUAUUGGGGAGCCAAAUUCUUAAUAUGAAGGGCGUUCAAUGGUUACACCAGGUCACUGCAGAAAGCUGAAGAAAAAUGAUGGAUAGAGAUUUUGUGGUCGUGAAGUGUGGAGUAUGAAAAUUUAAGCAAGAGCCAGAACUAUUAAUGGUGGUGAAGGGUAGGUUCCUGUACAAGACUAUUAGCCAUGUACUAGCCGGGUAGCUUCGAGUGUCACUAGACAUUUAAACAAAUACCUCAUGGGUUGUAGACUCAGGCAGCAUAACUCACCUGAUUCGUGCUUUAAAGGUCCUUUUUAAUAACUUUCUGAUCUGUAAAAAAGAUAAAGUGACCCAUACCAGAUUCAGAGCAAUCAAAAAGGGAAUUAUCGAAUUUGAUUUUCAUUUAAUCUUGGUGUUCAAUUCUCUAAUUUAUCAAUGAAAUCGGCUUCUUCGCGAUUCAUAUGUUUUUAGAGGUUUCUAGAUCAGAGGAUUGGACAAAAAAUCGAGAGUAAUCAUAUGAAGUGGAGGUCUUCAAAGGGAAAAAAGAUAUGGUCCAAUACAUUGAAGAGAUCUAUGAGUGGCAUUUUUAGUCAAGGCAGAUUACCCAAAGUCUUCGAAAAUCUUGUCCUCUUACUAUUUUGCCAAGUGAGUCUUGAAUAUUUUCAGUAUCAUUAGCUUCCAUUCUCAGCUAAUAAAAUUUAUAUAUGUAUAUAAGAUCUUCUCCCAUCUAUGGCUCUGGAAAUCUUAUCAUUGUCAUUAAUGCCUAAACUUGGUGUACCUAGAUUAACAUGAAGAAGUCAAGAAAGGAAGAUCAUGUAGUAUCAAUGUGUUCUGGAAAAUGAUUAUACAGUAGAUUUGAAAAAAAUGACCCUCUACUAUUGGGGCGUGAUAUAUAAGCACUUUGAUCAGAUAGUGGUGACAGUACCUUGAGAGAUGUCAUAAGUGCUUUUAUAAAAUAUUGAGACAUUGCCUUGAAGUGUUUUGUUUAUACACUCGACGACAAAAUGGAGUGUGAAAGAAUCAACGUUCCUCUAGCCUAGAGAUUUGCAAGUUUGCCAAAAACUUUUAAAGAAAUUUUCAGCAUAAAUUGUACUUAUUGCUGCUUAUGUUAUCAUAUGAUGCCAUAGGUGUAAAAGACCUCCCUACCAACUCUUCUUCACCUUGGAAAACUCAUGGGGUCCUACCUGUGUAGGCAUGUAGACAUUCCUAGACGUGAGUUGUAAUUCGCAAACAGCCAACUGUUUGACUCUAUAUGUAUUGCACAUUUUUCUCAGUGAAUGACUUCCUUUGGCUUUAAUUACGAAAUUUAGUGCCUACAAAGGAAAAAAUUUCUUAUUUAAUAAAUACUUAUGUAUCUAUAUUUGAAGACAUAACUAGUUUAUUUUUCACGGUUGUGUAAAUAGUUGUUGGGGAAUUUCAUGUGCAUAGAUGAAAAUGAUUGCAAGAGAUAACCAUUACAGUGGUUUGGUCAAACCCCAAAUGUAGUCUAUUUCCUUAGCUGAACCUUGGGAAUUUCAUUUUGAUUAUGAUAACAUCUAAAGUAAUUUGCCCAGGAUUCGAACAGUUUUUUUUACUAAGUCAGCAAUUAUUCAAUCACAAGUUUGCUUCUGAAAAUAUCAAAUGAAAUAAAAGAAAUUUUUAACCAGUCAAGCAACGUUGAGAAACCUUUGGGGCAAGGGUAGUUUCAGUGGAUAUUAAACAUAGAUUAAUUACUCACAGUUUUGUUUUCUUCAGCUGAAAGAUAGUAGAGUCCUGGGAGAAAUGAAAGCCUUAGAUUUUUCCAUGUGUCAAAGCGAUUCCGCCUACCUUUUUCUCAUUGAACCUUCUUCCAAUAUUUUUACGUCAAACUCUGUAGGAAUUUGCAUGACACCAUAGCUUCUGCCCAUUUGACUGUGAUUAUGUCAACUUUCUUUGAUUUUAAGAUCUUAUAUAUUUUCAAUGUAUCUAUGUGCAGAAUUAUUUUUCGUCACAAAGCUAUUUCGUUUAUGGCUUUAUUAGACUUGUUUUCCAUUUAAAAAUGCUUUUUUUUGCUGCUUUUUUUGGAAUUAUAAUCCAAUCAAAAUUCUGCCUAAUUGAUCGUGUGUUUUUUUUCAUUUAUUAAAUCUGUUCAAAGGUGGGCGUUGUAUCCUCCAGGAAGAGUGCCGGUAGGUGUCACAGUGCACGUAAAUGAAGAAGAUGGUGAUGUUGAUAUUGAGACUCCAUCAUCUUUGCAGGUCCAGUAACGCAUGCUAUAUUUUCGAAUAUUUUAAUAGUGCAAACUUGUUCUAUGUUUUGCAUUGUGGGUCAAAAGAGUUCUAUAUUUACAUGGUAUGCAAAUUUUCAUUUCUGAUUGUAUUUUCUGUUACUAUGCAGUGGUGGCUUGAUAUUUAUCCUUUUCUGGCAGAAAAAGAUAAGCCGAUAGAAUGUACACAGCUACCUGGAGAGACAAUUUUUGUCCCUAGUGGGUGGUGGCACUGUGUGCUAAAUUUGGAGACUACCAUUGCUGUCACUCAAAACUUUGUUAACGCAUCUAACUUUCAGUUUGUAUGUCUUGACUUUUGCCCUGGUCAUCUUCAUAAAGGAGUAACUCGUGCUGGAUGGCUUGCUGUUCAAGAUCGAGUAGUUAAAAGUGUCAAACAAGAUGUGGCAGAUACAAACGAUUCGGAUUAUGUGAAUGGAUCUCUGAAAAAAACGAUGCCAGAACAUGUUAAUCCUGCUGAAGACAAGAGCAGAGCUGAAGAGGAUGAUGAGUUAGAAAAUUUCAAUGGUUUCAGUGAGAUGAAUUUUUCAUAUGAUAUUGACUUUUUAUCGAAGUUUUUGAGUGAAGAAGUUGACCACUACAAUUGUACUUGGGGUGAGGGCAAUUGCAUAGGACAGAGAGAAUUCAGAGAAUGGUUACAUAGGCUCUGGGUUGUCAAACCGCAGAUCAGACCCCUUGUUUGGAAGGUGAUUUUCUUCAUUGCAGUAAUUCUGAUUUACAUUAGCAUCUAUUCAAAAAUUAUUUUUGAUGACGUUUAUUGUUCUCCUUUAAAAUUUAAUUUAGGGAGCUAGCCUAGCCCUUAAGGCAGACAGGUGGCUUGCUUGCAUCAUGGAAAUCUGUGCUUCAAAUAAUUUGCCUUCUCCUUUGGACGAUGAGAAGCUUCCUGUUGGCACAGGUAGCAAUCCAGUAAGUGGCUUCUUUAUCAUGUGCUUAUUUAUUUAUUUAUUAUUUUAUGAAUUCAGCAGGAAGCUCAGUUUUUUUAUUUUCGUAGAAAUUCGGCUAUAUUAGGACCUCAUGAGUACCUAAUUGCGAUUGCAUCACUGUGGUUUUUCUUUUUUGUUUUUGGCGAGUCCUCAGCUCAAAUGACAGUUGAGAGAACUAAAAAACUGUAGUUCAUUCCCUCUGCAAAGAGGAAAAGUUAGUUUUUCUUGCCAGAAUAAGAAUUGUAGACUAGUAGGUAUUGAAUUCAACCUUAAGCAUUUUCAUGUUGACUGUAAGAUUUGCUAAUGAGAGAUUCAGUCACUGAAAACUGAAAUCCAGGAUCUUUCUUGUUUUGAAGAACUGGAGAUAUCAGGAUCAAUGAUUGAUUUUUUUUACCUGUAUGCACGCACGUGUUUAACUAGUACUUCAUUUGGUAGUGUGUAGUUUUUUGGAGGACAUAAUUUUAAGUUUUAAUUUUUCCUAUUGAAUUAUGGCUAUCUUCUACUUUUGAGAAUGCUGUAUUUUUCUUGAUGGGUGGUUAAAAGGUUUUGACUGCAAUACCCAUUCAAUGAUUUCCAUGAAUACUCAUGAUGUAAAAUGAUGCUGCCUUUCAUGCCAUUUCUUUCAUUGCUAGAAAUUUGUAAUCUUCUGUUUGAGAGCGUUCAACCAUACGGUAGUGGCUGCUUUUGAAGAUUUGAGGAUACAGACCUUGGGUUGCACUUCUAUAUCCUAUCAUGGAUAGAUAAAAAAAUUCAGUCCUAUUCUCUCCUGCACAUUUUUAUACAUCAAUAUAAAAUUCAAAAAAUUGUAAUAAUUGUUAUAUCUAUGUGUAACAGUUGUCCUUUGAGCUUGUUUCAAGAUCUGUAAAUUAGUAUUGUUUUAGGUCUAACAAUGUUUGUCCCGUAAAACAUCUACUUUGGCAGGUGUACCUGGUUUCUGACUAUGUAAUUAAGCUGUAUGUUGAAGGAGGUUUAGCAUCAUCAUUGUACAGUCUGGGCACAGAGGUAUUAAUUUGGACGCUUAAAUUCUUAAUUUGCUAAGCCUUUUUCAGUUCGUAUGAUGAGUAUCUAAAUGUUAUUUUUUCAGCUUGAGUUCUACAGCAUACUUCAUAGAGUGGAAUCACCGUUGGUAAAACAUGUUCCUGAUGUUAUUUCUAGUGGUAUUCUUGCUCAUGAGCCGAAUGGUUCUUAUAGAAUUUGUACCUGGGCUGGCAGAGGAGUGCCAGAUCAGGUUAGAAGCUUAAACUUGGUCAAUGACAACUGCCGUAAUGAUGAUUUUCCUUUUGGUAUUUGGGGUAAGAUGGAAUUUGAGUCAAGUAAAGAAUCAGCGGUUUCAUUGCCAAAGAUGUGGCCUUUCUUGAUUACUAAGAGAUGCAGAGGAGACAUCUUUGCUAAUGUGUAAGUUAUUUAAUCUGAUUUUCUUCAGUUACCUAGGAAUAAAAGAGUACCCCUUUGAAAAAUCCUCUGUUAACCAUUUAUGUGACACAUUUAUAAUAUGCACUUGCCUACAAACAUGAUACCAAUUACAAACUGGUUACUUUUUUCUUUCAGAAGAGACAAACUUUCACUGGAUGACAAUCUUGAUUUAGCCUCAUUUUUGGGAGAUCAACUGCAUAAUCUUCACCUCCUGCCAUUGCCGACAAUUGCUGGUCAUUCAAAGGAUAAUGAGGAUGAUGCCCCGAGAAGAGCUUUGAAUGGCUUAAACAAGGACUCCGAGAUAUUCGAGAGACAUUUUGUCAAUGAUGAUGUUGUACAACGUAAUAUAUUUUCACCAGAAUGGAAGCCUUUCAUUGCAGCAGUGGAACAAAGAAAGAAAGAUCUCCAUAGUCGCUUAGUUCAAUGGUAACUGUUAUGGACCAUGGAAGUGCUAUUGCAUAGCUUGGAACAUGAAUAAUUUGAUAUAAUUCUUGUUUGGUUGUAGUUGUAACUUAUUUACACCCUAAUUUAGUGGGAUAACAUAUUUAAUGUGGUGGGAUUAUCAUGAGUUGCAUAUCACUGAUAUUUAGCACCUGUUUGAAAUACUUUCCCAUUGAAGCUUGACAAUUGAUAAUGGGGAAAAUCAAAGCAUGGAUUAAGACUCUAAUGAAACUCGAUUGAGCAUUUGAAGACUUGCUGAGUCAUUAAUCGAAGAAAACGGUGACAGCCAUGCUGUUUCAUCAAUGAAGAAAGUGAAACACCUUAGAUUAUGUUGCAUGCAGAAAUUACAUAGUUUAUGCCAUGCAAAUUAUUUUUUUUCGUGUAAGAUCCAUUAUUAUGUGGUGUGCCUGUACCAUCUGAUGCCUGUUAUAUUCAAGGCUUUGAUAGGAUAAUCAGUAGAUCCUAGUAAUCCGUACCCUUUCGUUCAUGGGUGUCCUGAAUAGAUCUUAUUAGGCUCAAUAGCUACUCUAAGCCUAUUGUGUCUCUUAACUAGAAAUGCCAUCUAGAAUGUUGGCCUGUGCAUGUCACUUUAUGAUUUGUGAUCAGCGCUAUACCAGGAGAAUCGCCAGCAAUCAAGUGCUUAUCGUGUCCCAUAGGUAUGAAGUGUGCUAAAUGAGUGAUGGGUUGAAGAGGAAGGUUUUUAUCAUCAUCAUCAUCAUCAUCAUCAUAUAGACGAUAUAAAAUUCUUUUUUUUAAUGAAAGAAGUAAAAUAUUAGACAUAAUGGGAAAUCUUGGAUAUCAUUUAAACUUUUUUAUUUUUCUUCUGUUAUAAACGCUAAAUUUUAAAAUUCAUAUAGGAUACGUGGAAAUUUUCUGAGUAUUUUAUGCACUUCUAUUCUGGUUACUGUUUUAUUCUGUCUAAAAAACUGAAGAUCCAUUCUAUUUUAGAAAAGAAUCUGCCAAGGUCAUUCUUGUUACACUCCAUCUUCAUUCAAGUCUUUAUUUGACUUCCUUUAUACUGUGUUAGACAGCCUUCUUAUCAGUAGCAAGAAUGUGUAUAUCAAAUGUUUAAUUUUCCUUGCUUGGUAAUUUUUUGCACAUCCAUAUGAUUCCUCUUCGUAUGUUUGCUUUUUAACAUGUUUUAUUAAAAGGAUCAGCUUUCUACCACAAAUUCCUUUCCUAUUUCCAGGGGUGACCCUAUUCCAAAUGUUCUGAUUGAUAAAGUUGAGGAGUACAUCCCACACGAUACUUCACUGUUGAUCAGUGUAUUCAAGGUCAUUUCUGCUCAUGAGUUAAGUUUUCCUGUUUAUUUCAUGACUAAACCAUAACAUGUAUACACUUUUAUUCAUCAGGAAGAGGAUGGCGUGUAUAGAGUCUGUUCUUCACCUUCAUGGAUACACUCGGAUGUCAUGGAUGAUAAUAUCCAUAUGGAACACAGCCCUUUAACCCAUUGCACUAAUCAGGCAGUCUCUGAUGGGGAUUCAACGUCUGUCGAUUCUGGGAUAAACGUUAAUAUCGAAGGAAACAAGGAAAGAUGGUACCCUGCACACAUUAUUGAUUUUAGUAGCCUAUUUAUAGGUGAGUUUUCUUCUUGUAAUAAAUAUUUCACUCCAAAAUGCUCCAUCUUAUCUAGAUGACCUGAAAACUGUUGUUCAAGGAACGUUGUUUCUAUUAUUACGAUGUCCUCUGAAUCACUUUCUCUCUAAAUUGACGAGUUUUGGCUUAAAAAAAGAUCAUUUUUAUGCAAUCUUUUCCUUUUGUAAUAGAUGGGGGUACCAAGUAUUUCUCGAUUUUCUGCUAAAUAAAUUCAAUUUACUACCAUUUUCUUGCUUUGAAUUUUUUUGGAUGUCUAAAAAGCAAUUGCUGUAAUGACUCUUGCGAUAAUGUAUGUGGUCAUGUAUCAGGGAAGCAUGAGAAUAGUCGUGUUUAUCUGCUUUCUGGAAUCCCACUUCUUCAUUCUUCAGUCUCUUGUCUAAUGUAUUGAAAUAAUGUCUUAGGGACAUUUUUAAGCUAUGGAAUACUAAACAGCAUUAGCGCUGUAGUUAUACUUUAUCACUAUAGGAGGUCAUGCAGACGUAGGUGUAUUUAUGCAAAUUUUGGUGCUUUCUUUGUUUCUGUGGGGUCUCGUGGCAGGUUUAUCCCUCAGUCAACAUCCAUAGAUAUGGCCAUUGUCCUCCACUUCUAGUUUUCUUCAGAACUUAAGGAGCCUCUUUUAUAAUGAUUUUGUAGAGCUAGCUAUCAGACUUGAGAAGACCAACCGAGGUGAACUCUACCACAAGGUCCAUAAUUUUUCAAGAAACCAGAAGGCCUCCAGUUUUGCUCUUCUCCUUAGCUAAUCGACUUCUCAAUCCUUCCAAGGAAUUUUCUUCUCAGAAUUUCACAUACUUACAUCUGAUAUUUGGACCUGUCAGUGGCCUGGCCUCUUUCUCUUCAUGCUUUUCGCUUCCAUGGGCGUUUAGUGUGCUCAUUUUCUCAGAAUUAUAUUUUCCUCCACUUCUUCACACAAUUUUGAGAUUUAUUCAAGAUCGGCCUCAAGUAAUUGGAAGGCUUUCAUAUUGAGUUUCUUGGUCCCAAAUCCCCACAUGGCACCCAUGCGUACAAUUCUAAUUUUCACAUGCAAAUUUUCUCAUUAAGAUCUCUUUGAUAAUACCGUCUUACCUGAUACUCCCCUUUAAUGAUGUUGAACUUCUGAAUAAAAUCGCAGAAAAUAACACAUCAUGGGAUUGAAUCAGCCAAGAGGCCAAUUCUUGUAAAGAAAAAAAAUGAUACCGUGCCUACAUAUCCCACAGUCCAUGUAGGAAACAGGGUACAAUAUGAUGAAUUUAAGCAUAGACUGUGAAGAGAUCAGGCUAAUGCUCUCUUGGAUGUCAGCCGCGAAUACCUUGUCAAAGAAAGAAUGCAUAGUUCAUCCCUUUGCGGAGUCUGUUAUCCCCUGCUUUCCUUUCUCCCAUGGUUUGUAGGCUUAAUUCCAUCAACCCUGGACUAUUUUUGACUUAGAACACAAUGAACUCCCGUAUAGCGACAUUUACUGAGCAAAAGGCAUGGAGUUGGGAUAGGUCGGCUUGUCAUACCUAUCUCAUAGAGGACGUCUGCAGAUGCUUUAUCAAAGAAGGAAAGAACCAGACGGUCCCCUUCUUGGCUCUUCUAUUAACCAUGUCUUUAGGUUGUAUUUCUGAUUUACCAAAUCUGAUUUGUAAUAUCUGCCUUCAAAUCUUCGCAUACUACACCUAGACAGUACUAGAUUAAGCAGAUUCGAGUUUAUGGUCUUUUAAAUAAGGACCUGGUUGGCAUAAUUCGUGUGAUCUGCACCCACAUUCGGAUAAUUUACAUCUGAUUCCACGUUCUGUUUUCUUAUCUCCUUUGAAGGAAUCAACCAAGAUUGAGUUACCUCCGAAAUUAGAUUGGAGGAAUGGGUUUGUAUUCCCAACCAUGGAAAUUCAGUCCUUAGAGCUCGGUUUAAUUUGUCCUAUGCCAUACGUCAACAGAAUCAUGCACUGCAGGAUUACAUUUUAUCCUACAGAAAUCCAACAUCACCAAUUUUAUCUUUUUCAGAUUUUAUGGACCAAAAUUAUGCAUGUUCAAGAGAAAAGUCAUCAAGUUUGAUAGGAUAUCAUAUAAUUAUGCUUUCUAAUGUAUUUGGUGAUAUUUUAUUUUACAAACACAUGAAAUGAAGCAUGCAAAAUACAUGCGUUUAAAGGCUUUAUACUAAGGUUUUAUGCGAGACAAUUUCUUCAGUAAUACCAUGCAGUCAGCAUUAGCUACCUAUUUCUUCAGUACGUCAGCCAUUUUUUCAUGGCAAUGGAUUUCAAUCUCUUGAGUGAUUUUCUCAAAGCAUUUUUUUUUCCUUAUGUGGGUAGCUCCAGUAAUGAAGUAAUGCUGUAUCUUCCUUCUGACUGACUUCCUUUCCUUCACAUUUUUGUCAGGUGAUCCGAUCUGCGAUCUAAUCCCAAUACAUAUAGAUGUUUUUAGAACAGAUUCUUGUCUUUUCAAGCGUUUCCUGGAAAGCUACCGAUUUCCCAUAGGAAGAAAACCUUCUGAUGGAACAAUGAGCCAGACGAAAUUUGAAAGAGCAUCAUAUCGUGCCAUGUAUGCCAGGAGUUACUCCACUUAUACUUAUUUUUCUGUCAUAAAUUCAGUAGUAAGCUUAUCUUUCCAUAAAUAGUGCAUGAUGUUUACAGUAUUCUUCAUGUUAACUUGUGGAUGUUAAAUCAACAUGUCCAUAAAUAUUACAUGCUAUUCUCCUGUCAUAUAGUGUCAUGUCUGAUGGUUAUUUUUCUGUCAUAAAUUCAGUAAUAAGCUUGUCUUUCCAUAAAUAGUGCAUGAUGUUCACAGUAUUCUUCACGUUAAUUUGUGGAUGUUAAAUCAACAUGCCUAUCGUAUCAUGUCUGAUGGUUAUUUUUCUGUCAUAAAUUCAUACAGAGCACAUGAUAUUUAUGGUAUUCUUCAUGCAAAUUAGUCAAUAUAAGUUAAGACUUCAGCCACACAUAUCAUCAUUGCUUGUUGCCAUCUGAUUACACAGAUCAAUGCCAUUUUUAAACAAAUCAUCGCUUCAUAUUCAGUGAUAUUCCUUGAAAAACACAUUGGAUUGGUCAUUACCAUUUUAUGACAGGCUCUACCCUCUUACCAUGAACUUCUUCUGGUUGUAUCCAAGCAUAAAUCAGCAGCAAAAAAUGCAGCUUUUUUCUUUUCUUUUCUUUUCUUUUAAAACCCAACUUAUUAAGCUCUUUGCUAAACAUUUCCAACAUUAAAUCUGUUUUAGGGUAGCCAAUGUCUGCUUUAUUAUUUUAUUAUAAUAUUUUUAAAUCGGUGAUUAUUUCAUUUAACCUACAUACCAGUUACAGUAAUAUGCUCAUCUUUAGCACCUAAUAUUUCAACUCUUGUCUCAGUUUUGACUUUUUGCAAAUCUUCUCCAAAACAGGAAACUAAUAUGUUGAACUCUUGUAGGUGUUAUUGUAUCCUCCACGAAGACAAUGUUCUUGGAACCAUCUUUAGUCUACGCAAGGAUCUGAGGAGGGCCACCUCCUGGGAAGAAGUGGAGAUGGCUCUGUGGGGAGAAUUGAAUAAUGCUUGGGAGGCCAAUAACCAUCCUAUUGGAUGA